AUGCCACAAGAAAGUGAUUCCAAUUCAAGUGAUGAGAAUAGAAAUAUUCCUGGUACAGUGAGGAAGAGUACAGGAACUUGUACCAAGCGGGAGCCUCUCAGUUCUUCGGAAGAACCUCAAGCAAGGUGUGAAGCCAAUUCUGCGGAAAGUUCACGUUAUCCUUUAUGUGAAGAGAGUCGAGACAUUCGUGAACAUGUCGAUUCAAAUUCAGAGAGCCAAAGGAUUCAUGGUUCAAGUGGCAACAUUUAUGUUUCAAAGAAAGAUAACAUUGAAAUUAAUUCGGAAGAUAUGAAAAGUGAAAUUGCUCAUGGAGCUAAGAACGUUUACCCCUCAAAAGGAACUUCGGAGUACGAAAGUAAACAUGAACACGGAGCAAGGAGGAAAGCUCCUCUUUUCAAAGAAGUGACUACGAAAACACGAGCUGAAAGGCAACCAAUCGCAGAGCUUGUUGUCCCAGUGGAUAGGUCUUCAAACAAUACUACUUCAGAAACAGACGACUUAAAAUCCCUAGAAAAAGUUUUUGGAGUUUCACCACCAAGAAAAAUAUCACCCGAACCAUUAAGGAAGCGAAAAGUUGGAUCAGUGGAAAUGAAGAUACAUAAGACAGAAGCGGAAGAGACUUUUAAAGAAAAUUAUGGAGACAGCUCAGAGUUGGAAAAACAACCCAAACAGACUAGUAGUUAUAAAUCGAGAAAACAGGUGGAUUUUGUCCUGGGGGAAAGAUACAAUCAAGAAGAAUUUAAAACAGAUAAGCAUAGAGCUUCGGAUGCUGGAGAAGGACCGAGUUUUGACCGUCAAGAGAUGCAACAAGAAAUAAAUUCUGCUGUAGAGGAACUUGUGGCGAUUCUAAAUGCCAUCAUUAAGACAUCACCGGAAUCGAAUCUUGAUGUGACUCCGGAUGACCAAGAAAUUGGCACCGAAAUAGGAGUCGAUAGAAACGAUUCUGGUGAAUCGCAAAGACACAGAUCUACAGAUGAAUACCGAUUAAAAGAACCUAGUACGGAGGCAAUAAACUUUAUUUUAGGCGGUUGCUUAGAAGAUUCACCAAAUGAUAGUGCCCACUCCGUUCCAGAAAGUAGUGGUAAUUUAGAAACUCUAGAAGCAAUUAAGGAAAUCAUCGCGAGUUGCUUCUCAGAACCUCUUUUAGAGUCUGUUGAUGCAUGUGAAGAGAGAACUUUAGAAGAAGUUGAGGUAAGUUCACAUGGUGUCUCAAGAAGAAAAUUAAUUUUGAAUUCAGAUAUUACCGAGAUGGAUCAACCACAGAAUCAAAACUUUCCUGAAGAAAUUUCAGAAAAGAGCUUCAACUCAAAUGAAAAUCUUGAACUAAGAGAUGAUAUUGAAGAACAAAAUUUGUACAGAACUCAAAGCUCAAUUUUAGAAGAUUCGCAGAGAAACGAAGCAUGUUUCAAAAAUAACGGUGAUUCUAAAUCAAAGGAAAGUUUCAUGCAUGGUGAUGAACAUCAAUGUGUAGAAGUGUGUAUGGGAGAGCAACUUUUAAAUAACCCAGCCGCGUCUUUUGGAGAACCACAGCCUGUGGGAGAAACCGUCUUUGAAAGUGUAUCCCGUAGCGAAGUGCCACAGCAAAUGAAAGAACGCAUCUUACAUCAUGGUGAACCUGAAACUGUUGAAAAAAGUGUCUUGGAUUACGAAGAGCCAGUGGUGGAAAAUGUGUUGCAUAGGAGUGCCAUAACAGAAAAUGUCUUGUAUAGCAAGGAGCCUCAAGCCAUGGAAGAAAUAAUGCAAUGCGAAAUGCCUCAACCAGUGGAAAAAAGGAUCAUGCAUCACGGGGAGCCACAUUCUGCGAAAGAAAUCGCCUUCCAUUGUGUUGAACCUCAACCCGAGGAAGAAAGUUCCUUGCAUCAUGGUGAGCACCACCCCCUUGAAGAAAGCAUCCCGAAUAGCGGUGAAACUGAUCCCGUGGAAGAACGUGUCUUGCAUAGCGGCGAACCGCAACCCGUGGAAGAAAGCGCCUUACAAAGUGAUAAAAAGCAACAGGUGGAAGGAAGUGUCUUACAAAGUGAUCAAAAGCAACAUUUGGAAGAAAAUGUUUUGCAUAGUGAUAAAAAGCAACCCGUGAAAGAAAGUGUCUUAUAUCACUGUGAACCUCUACCCGUUGAAGAAAGUUUCUUACAUAGUGAUGAAAAGCAACCCGUGGAAGAAAGUGUCUUUCAUAGCGGUAAUCCUCGACCCGUGGAAGAAAGUACCCUGCAUAGCAAAGAACCUCAGCCCGUGGAAGAAAGUAUUCUGCAUAGCGAUGAACUUCGACCAGUGAAAGAAAGUGUCUUGCAUCGCGAUGAACCUCAACCCGUGGAAGAAAGUGUCUUGCAUCGCGAUGAACCUCAACCCGUGGAAGAAAGUGUCUUGCAUCGCGAUGAACCUCAACCCGUGGAAGAAAGUGUCUUGCAUCGCGAUGAACCUCAACCCGUGGAAGAAAGUGUCUUGCAUCGCGAUGAACCUCAACCCGUGGAAGAAAGUGUCUUGCAUCGCGAUGAACCUCAACCCGUGGAAGAAAGUGUCUUGCAUCGCGAUGAACCUCAACCCAUGGAAGAAAGUGUCUUGCAUCGCGAUGAACCUCAACCCGUGGAAGAAAGUGUCUUGCAUAGCGAUGAACCUCAACCCGUGGAAGAAAGUGUCUCGUUACGGGAAGCAUACAGAUAUUACUGA